CUCAUCAAAGCUUAAAAAGACGAAUCGGGACUCGGAACUUCGAGUUACUUCCGUAAACGCUUUCUUUUUGAAAUGCUCUUCUAUUCAUUUUUCAAGUCAUUGGUAGGGAAGGAAGUCGUUGUGGAGCUGAAAAAUGAUCUUUGCAUUUGUGGAACACUGCACUCUGUUGACCAGUUCUUGAACAUAAAACUGACAGAUAUCAGUGUCACUGAUCCAGAGAAGUAUCCUCACAUGCUAUCAGUAAAAACAUGUUUCAUCCGUGGCUCUGUUGUGCGGUAUGUCCAGCUACCAGCAGACGAAUGUGAUACACAGCUGUUACAAGAUGCAACGCGGAAAGAAGCAGCCCAAAACAAACAAAGAUAAAAAAAAAAGCUAUUGUGUAUUUAGUAUGUUGUCCGUGAUUCUGGCAGUGAUGGCAAAUGACUGUGUGAUUGUAAGAAAGACAGAAUUUUUUUUUUUUUUUUUCUUUUUGAAUGGUUGUAUGUUGGACCCAGUGUGAUUUUAUUUUUUGAUGUAUAGUUGAAACAGUUUAUGCACAGAUUGUUGUUUUAUUGAUGCUUCAAGUGUAUUUGUUUGGAAAUCUUGUAAACUGUGUUGAAACAUUUCAAUCAUUUCAUUGUUGUUAUAAAUGUAAAACAUUGAAAAUAAAAAUUUCUUCAUUCUU